CAGCCUCUUGCUCCGCCUCCUGCUUGGAUUGUGAUUGACAAUAAUGGCGACUCGUCCGUCUGGAGUUUUGUCUCGACGAGCCAGUUUUUAAGAGGGAACCACAAUCGGAGACAGCGACUUGUAACGUCUGGCGUCCCGGUACCAGCAGCAACAAGAUCCAUAGCCGUUGAGGGUACUAAACAUUUCGAAGAAACGUGGGGGGGACACGGUGCCGAAAUCUAAAAAAACGGGAGAUCGAAAAGCCAGGCAGGCGAGAACGCACUGAACAGACCAGUCCGGCGUUGAAGAAACGGCCGUUUUCCGACCCACUGCUUGGACACGGCGCUUCAGCGAACGGUGGGUGACAGAAAAAGUUUGAUGGCGGAACAGAAAAGCAGCCAGAGCAGGUAGAAGACAGCCCUGCGGGUUAGAACGUUUCCCCACCCGACAUCUGUGGGCCCCUCCUUACGGUCGGUGGUCUCAGCUGGAACCCGGAGCUCCGCCAUCCACUUUCUGCACGGCCUUCGGUUUCACCAUUCUAUCUCCCCCCGUCCAGCCCGGGACUGCGGAGGGAGGGAGUCGGGAGAGGGGGCUCCCCCGCCCGGAUUGCUGUUUUGUUCUGCCCACCCCUCUCACCUCCUUUCCCGGGGGGCUGUGGUGCCUCCCUCCUGCAGCAGCAGGUCUUCGAGUCUGGAUAAACUAGUGCUACUAGUAGACCCCCCCCGCGAGGACGCGUCGGCUCCCCGGUCCGCUGGGUGGACGCAGUCCCGCCGCUCUCUUCAAUGAGCACCGGCAGGAACAACCGCGUGAUGAUGGAAGGCGUGGGCGCCAGGGUGGUGCGCGGCCCCGACUGGAAGUGGGGGAAGCAGGACGGCGGCGAGGGCCACGUGGGCACCGUUCGCAGCUUCGAGAGCCCCGAGGAGGUGGUGGUCGUGUGGGACAACGGCACGGCGGCGAACUACCGCUGCUCGGGCGCGUACGACGUGCGCGUGUUGGACAGCGCGCCCACAGGUAUCAAGCAUGAUGGGACAAUGUGUGACACUUGUCGGCAGCAGCCGAUCAUCGGGAUCCGCUGGAAGUGUGCUGAGUGCACCAACUAUGACCUGUGCACCACCUGCUACCACGGUGACAAGCACCACCUGCGCCACAGGUUUUACCGCAUCACCACACCUGGGAGCGAGAGAGUCCUGCUGGAGUCCAGACGCAAGUCCAAGAAAAUCACAGCACGAGGCAUCUUCGCAGGAGGUCGCGUGGUGCGGGGUGUGGACUGGCAAUGGGAGGAUCAGGAUGGUGGGAAUGGCAGAAGGGGCAAGGUAACAGAGAUUCAAGACUGGAGCGCUGCCAGCCCCCACAGCGCAGCCUACGUUCUGUGGGACAAUGGGGCCAAGAACCUCUACCGAGUGGGCUUCGAGGGGAUGUCUGACUUAAAAUGUGUCCAAGAUGCCAAGGGAGGUACUUUUUACCGGGACCACUGCCCUGUGUUGGGUGAGCAAAAUGGAAACCGGAACCCAGGCGGACUGCAGAUCGGGGACCUUGUGAACAUUGACCUGGACCUGGAGAUUGUGCAGUCACUGCAGCAUGGCCAUGGUGGAUGGACCGAUGGCAUGUUUGAGACUCUCACCACCACUGGCACUGUAUGUGGCAUCGAUGAAGACCAUGACAUUGUGGUGCAGUACCCCAGUGGGAACCGGUGGACAUUCAACCCGGCAGUCCUGACCAAGGCAAAUGUGGUGCGCAGCGGUGAAGCCACAGUUGGGGCUGAGGGAGGCAGCUCCCAGUUCAUGGUUGGCGAUCUGGUACAGAUCUGUUAUGAUAUUGAUCGCAUCAAGCUGCUGCAGAGGGGACACGGCGAGUGGGCUGAGGCCAUGCUGCCAACCUUAGGUAAAGUGGGCCGUGUUCAGCAGAUAUACUCAGACAGUGACCUCAAAGUAGAGGUCUGUGGGACUUCGUGGACCUACAACCCUGCUGCUGUCACUAAAGUGGCCCCAGCAGGAUCUGCUGUCACCAAUGCCUCUGGAGAGCGCCUGUCUCAGCUCCUUAAGAAGCUGUUUGAGACGCAGGAAUCGGGUGACAUCAACGAGGAGCUGGUCAAGGCAGCUGCCAAUGGAGACCUGGCCAAGGUGGAGGACAUCUUGAAGAGACCUGAUGUGGAUGUGAACGGCCAGUGUGCUGGGCACACAGCGAUGCAGGCUGCAAGCCAGAACGGACACGUGGACGUCCUCAAACUGCUGCUCAAAUACAAUGUGGACCUGGAGGCUGAGGACAAGGAUGGCGACCGGGCUGUCCACCAUGCAGCCUUUGGAGAUGAGGGCUCUGUGAUUGAGGUGCUGCAUCGAGGGGGAGCCGACCUCAACGCACGAAACAAGCGGAGGCAGACACCGCUGCACAUUGCUGUCAACAAGGGCCACCUGCAGGUGGUGAAGACUCUGCUGGACUUAGGCUGCCACCCCAGCCUGCAGGAUUCUGAGGGCGACACCCCACUCCAUGAUGCCAUCAGCAAGAAGAGGGAUGACAUGCUAUCUGUCCUGUUAGAGGCGGGAGCGGAUGUCACCAUUACCAACAACAAUGGUUUCAAUGCACUGCACCAUGCUGCCCUUCGUGGGAACCCAAGUGCCAUGCGUGUCCUGCUCUCCAAGCUGCCCCGUCCCUGGAUUGUGGAUGAAAAGAAGGACGAUGGCUACACAGCACUGCACCUGGCUGCCCUCAACAACCAUGUUGAGGUGGCAGAGCUGCUGGUGCACCAGGGCAACGCCAGCCUGGACAUCCAGAACGUCAACCAGCAGACGGCGCUCCACCUGGCCGUAGAGCGUCAGCACACCCAGAUCGUGCGGCUGCUGGUGCGUGCCGAGGCCAAGCUGGAUGUCCAAGACAAGGAUGGAGACACACCGCUGCACGAGGCACUACGUCACCACACGCUUUCCCAGCUGCGGCAGCUGCAGGAUAUGCAGGACGUCAGCAAGGUGGAGCCCUGGGAGCCGUCAAAGAACACGCUCAUCAUGGGCCUGGGCACCCAGGGGGCGGAGAAGAAGAGUGCCGCGUCCAUCGCCUGCUUCCUGGCAGCCAAUGGGGCUGACCUGACUAUCCGCAACAAGAAGGGCCAGUCGCCGCUUGACCUGUGCCCUGACCCGAGCCUCUGCAAGGCGCUGGCCAAGUGCCACAAGGAAAAGAGCAGUGGCCAGGGAGGCUCACGCAGCCCAUCACUGAGCAGCACAAGCGAGACGCUGGAGGAGUGCAUGGUGUGCUCGGACAUGAAGCGGGACACACUCUUUGGGCCCUGCGGUCACAUCGCCACCUGCUCCCUUUGCUCUCCCCGUGUCAAGAAAUGUCUCAUUUGUAAGGAGCAGGUCCAGUCCCGCACCAAGAUUGAAGAGUGUGUCGUGUGUUCGGAUAAGAAGGCAGCCGUCCUCUUUCAACCCUGCGGUCACAUGUGUGCCUGUGAGAAUUGUGCCAGCCUGAUGAAGAAGUGUGUGCAGUGCCGGGCCGUGGUGGAGCGACGCACCCCCUUCGUCCUCUGCUGUGGAGGCAAAGGUAUGGCGGACCAUGCUGCUGAUGAGCGCAUUACAGGGGGCUCUAGCUCCAUGGCAGGGAGCUCGCAGGACCUGCUGCAGUCCAGCAAUCUGGCCCUGAGCUGGUCCAGUGGAAACAUCCCGGCUCUCCAGAGAGACAAGGACAACACCAACGUCAAUGCAGAUGUGCAGAAGCUCCAGCAGCAGCUGCAGGACAUCAAAGAACAGACCAUGUGUCCGGUGUGUCUGGACCGGCUGAAGAACAUGAUCUUCAUGUGUGGUCAUGGCACCUGCCAGCUGUGUGGUGAUCGCAUGAGCGAGUGCCCCAUCUGCCGCAAGGCCAUCGAGCGCCGCAUCCUGCUCUACUAGGUGACAGAACCCUUGGUUAUCCACGGGGUGUUUCCUUACUCUUCUUGCAUCCUGUAUGCCCUCCCAGGCAGGGGAAUUAUCAAAAGAAAAUGUCAUAUAUGGACAUCACAUUCUCCACAGAUAUGUCUGGGUACCCCACUGGCACCAGCACACCAGCCACUGGACUUCUCACUGCAUUUUCCUGCUGCUCCUCCUGACUGAUUCGCCACAGAGCUACUCGCAUGUCACCAUUGUGCUCUGCCUUUGCAUUUGUUGUCCUGUGGCCUUUUAUCGUCUUUGUGUACGUGGCUGAAGCACAGAGGUGCCCCCCCAACACUUGAUGGAAAGUAUUUGUCCAGCAGGUGGCUCUGUCAUGCAACAAAAGCUGAUGCUCUUCUCAUUCCCUCCCUUACAUUUAGCUGUCAGCCUUAAUCCCCUUUCCCUGCUUCUGACAGCAGUGAGCCGUUGUGUGGACAGCUUUCUACGACAAGGUCAACCUUUUUAUUUCAUUUUAUUAUUGUAUUUUAUUUUACGUUGUAUUUCUGAUGGAAGUCUGUUGUAGUUCAGUGUUCUCGGCAACAGUAAAGGCAAUGUAGUAUUGAGUCCUGUCAUUGAAAUUAAGUUCAAGUGAAAUCUCAGAAACCCCCCCCCCCGUAUUUCUCAGUGUGUCCCUGUGCAUGCUGGGAGCCUUGUGAACCCUCCAUAUGUGCCUGAGAUGUGCACAAUGGGAGGACGCACACUUUGGGCACGUCUGCUUUGAGAACCUCGUUUGUCGAUGCUGCCAUGGAGGAGUCCCUGUAUGACACUGCUCUGACUGGGACAAAGUUGCCACGGUACGCACACACUCCCCCACCAUACUGCGAUCUCCUGUCCUCACAGCCUGCGUUGGAAUUGAUCUUAAUAAAGUGCAGUCGUGUUACAGUGCUUGAAGUCCACCUGGACCCGCUGAUAAGGUACUGAUAGGGCCGCUUAAUUGCCUGGCCAGCACAUUCUCACGGCAUGCUGGCCUGUACCUUGUUUACCAGAAUGCAGGCCUCAAGCACCAGGAACUUAGUUCCUCCACUCCUGCGACAUUUUUCAAGGCAGCGCAAGCUAGUAAUUUAGCAGUGAGCUCUGACUGGCUACACAGUUAUGGACCGGCUUGUGUUUUUCAUAUAACAGAACAGUUCCAUAUGUUCUGUUUAAUGAAGAGGUUCUUGGCGUUAAGGUUGAACAGUCAUGCUACAGCUUGCGUUCCAAAGCUUUAAAGGGGAUAUGACAUGGUAUCCUCAAA